AAAUACAGUAAAUGAAUGAAUUUAACCUUACCUCAGUAUGCUUUAGCUUGCACGACUGUGCAGUGACCCCCUCCUGUCCAUGUGGUGGCGGUAGCAUGAUUUAUUUUUUUCCGUCCGUCAGAAAAAAACGCAAAGAAGAAUAGCAUUGAACGCUAGUCAACGCUGUAUGUUCAGGAGGUGUUUACUGGCAUAUAUUUAGCAAACCUUCGAGACAAAUUAAUAAAAAAAAAAUCUCCUGCCCCGCGAGCAGACCAGACUUUUCUUUAGUUUUUUCAAAAGUGUCACAUCUACUCUGGCACAGUAAAACUGUAGCACCACUGGCAGUCCUGUGACCCAAGAAAAUAAUGUGCUGCAGCUGAAGAUGGGUGGUAGCGGCUCCAAAUCCAAAGGAUUUUGGCCUUUUUCUGGCUCAGGAAGUGUAGAUGAUUCAACCAAAGAUGGAAACGAGCAGUCACUUACAAGAAUUCGAAGUUUCCAAGGCGCAACACCUUUUGUUUUCACUAGACGAAGCUCAAUGUACUUUGAUGAAGAUGGGGAUUUGGCCCAUGAGUUCUAUGAAGAAACAAUUGUGACAAAAAAUGGACGUAAAAAAGCCAAGCUCAAGAAGAUUCAAAAAAAUUUAACACCUCAGGGAAUUAUAAAGCUGGACCACCCAUGCAUCCAUGUAGAUUUCCCAGUUGUUAUUUGUGAAGCUUGACAAUGCCUGAGGAGUCUCAGACUAGCCACUGUGUCAACUCCGUCCCAUGGUUUCCAUAACAUUUGGGAGCCUGAACCACCUUUUAAAAUAACAUGAUCUCUUGGUAUUUCUGAUGCCGUUAUGUGGACAGGCUGAUGCAGUGUGUUCUGAGCCUCUGCAUGUGAUCUGUUUUUGGCUUGUGUGCUGUUAGACAGAAUCGGUCUCCAGUGAGGAUCUAGAUGAGUGCCAAGUUGGUAAAAACACUCUGAGUUUACAGAUUUAUCAUUUGUGUGCAUGUAUAUGCACAUGGAAGACUUUAUGUGACAGGAUGAAACAUGAAUCCCGAAUUCAUUGCUGCAGAUUGUUUCCUGAUAACAUUCAUUGAACUCUAAGGGUCUAAAGUGAAUGUAUGGUUCAGUCAGAAAGUUAAAGUGCACAUUUUAGUUUUUUGACUCUAUCUUGGCUUGUUUUAUGAUGCAUGAAAAGGAUCUGCUUAACAAAAGCCGAGGGAGUUGACAAUCAGUGGCCCACAAUGUUUAAAGUGGAUUCAUGUCAUUUAUAACGUUGGAAGGACUGGCUUCAGUGACCUCAGUGUGACCACAGUCACCUCAGAGCCACAAAUAUACACAGCCGCAGUCAGUGUAAGAAGAGAUCCUGUUGUUUUUUUCUUUGCUGCUUUGGCAUAUGUUUCACAUUUAAUUUAUUGUAAAUGUUUUUUAAUUACAAUUUGAAAUGCUGAA